AUGGCGUCUGCAGCGCCGAGAAGGCCACCAUUCGUUAGAAAUGGAGGCUUCACGGCCGAUCAUUCGCGAUCCCAGUCUUUCGCUGAAGGUACAGGCCCUACUCGAAGUAGACUGCGCCGGACUGUGUCCAUUCGAGGGGUCAACGCACACUUGGACUCAUCAGAGUCAGUCCCUAGCGAACAUAGCUCUCUCCAUUAUGGUUUCCUGACUAGUUUGGAUGGGUGCGAUGACGAUGAAGCACCCCAUGAGGAUCAAAAGCGAGAAAAGGAGGACAGCUUCGGACGAUGGCAGCCCGGUGUCGCUGGUGGAAAAAGGAGAGGGGUGUAUCGAUCCGUAACUCACAGUGGAUGGCGGCCUCAUGUCCUUGAUCCCAUCAGCGAACAUCCGAGUUUCUCUACGCUCCAAAGCUCUGCCUCGCCGCUAUCCAGGGAGCUGCUCUUGUCCACUGGCGUUUCUUUCAGGUCACGGUUGUCUUUUGGUGCGUCGCUGCUCGGAAAUCGAUACGGAGAUAAAGUCUACUCUCUAGACGAUCUCGAUAUUCCUUCUUUUCGUCCUAAAUUUCCGUUUUCUUCUCUCCCUGCUUACCUUCGUCGAUCCAGUCGAUUAUCGUCCUCCUAUGGAAGCUUUUCUGAACAGCCCCGGCUCAGUGAGCGUUUUUCUCCCGUUCAACCUCUGGAGCCCAUAUACCCUCCCCCAAUUCGGAGUGUUACACCGCCAGGGCUUCCGUCGUUUGGAACGCCGGAGGCCGUUCGGUAUCGUCUUUCGUCCCAGACCACUCCAGGGUCCGGAAAUGAUGUUGAGGUGGACGAUUGUACGUGCUGCUUCCUUGGACUGCCGCGAUUCCUUGCUCUAUCUUCGUCUUCCCCGUCGCGCGUACCGGGGUUGCCAGCGGGAGCAAUUGCGCGUGCGGACGAUGGAACUCUCGUUCGGGGGCGUUUUGGCAUUCGUCAAAGCGGGCAUGGUGUGGGCGCGGGACGCUUACAGAAUCACCCGUUUUCUCGCGAACCAUCACCUGCUGGAUGCAUUCGGGAUACCAAAGAUAAUGGUUCAGUCAAUCAGGGUCGAAGGCAGGGAUCUCUUUGUUGCAACAAUGCGGCUGCUACUCCUCCACAGACCACUCCCGGGGCUUCCGCUUCUAAACCGAGCAGUGGUAGUGGUUCUCUUGCUCCUCGUAGAGUUCAUUUUGUCGACGGUACAGGCCCAGUUGAUACCACAUCAGUUCCUCUUCCUUCAUACAUCAGACACCCUCCUCUGGUUGCGCCCGCCCCUAGGGUUGAAACAUCGCCGCCCAGUACAAGCUUUGGCAUGGCGUGCACUGUGACAGCUACUGCCGGCAAUUCUCGUGAAGAGUCUACAUUACCUUUUCAAUCGGUUUCGGGUAGCGCAAUUCCCGAUCCUGUGGGCUUCUCGGCUGCCCCUCCCGUUGCUAAUAGUCACAAGUCCUGGGAAUACCUUUCAUUUGUUACCCUCGCUGCAGAAUGUUGUCGACUGUGGUUCAUCCAUCACUUGAAUGAAGGUACAAGACUCAGCUUAGGGCAGGAAGCUGAUGAUCGGGUGGAGCGCCAAAGUUGCUUGAAUUUUAGGGAGUUUUGGAGGCGUGGAAAGAAAGCGUCUCAGCCAUGGAUUCCGGCUUGGGGCUAUCGGCCCGCUAGCUCUAGGUGA